AUGCUCAACUUUUCAGUACUUAUUUUAUUCGUUUUUUCGAUCGAUAUCUUAAAACAUUUAAACACAUUUUUUAGAUUCCUUUCAAAGAAAAUCAUAAAAAUGACUCAAUUCCUUCCUGACAAUUUGCUUGGAUUGUUCGCGCCACGUGCUCCUAUUCAAUAUAAACCACCACCUGAUGACCUUUUUAUCAAUCGAAAACACAUUCCAAUAACUGGAGUUGCUGAAUAUGUUCAACAAUUUGAGGACCCCAAAGACACUCCACCAAAAAUUCGAAUUGAGACUCGUGAUGAGAAACGGAUUCGCAAAAGAAAGGAAAGACAGGAACUUAUGGCUUAUAAAAUUGAACAGGGGAUUGCUACAUGGACACCCGCAGAUAAUCCUAAAGCCACUAGUGAUCCAUACAAAACACUUUUCAUUGCUAGAAUUAAUUAUGAAACGUCGGAAAACAAACUACGUCGUGAAUUUGAGAAAUAUGGCAAAAUCAAAAAGGUUGUAUUGGUGCAUGAUAAGACUGGAAAGCCUCGCGGUUAUGCCUUUAUUGAGUAUGAACAUAAGUCGGACAUGUCGGGUAAAAUUUAUUUUUUGUUGGCUCUAUCGGGUUCUUUAAACAUUUUUGAAAAGUCAAAAACGGCGCAGCGGUAAGAUGGUUUUUUCGAGAACAAAAAUUAGUCUUUUCUCUUUUAAUUUUGAUUUUCGUUAUAUUGCCCCAAAUUUGCAGCGUUUGGGAAACGAGAGCCAAUCUCUCGAUGGGAAAUAAUUUGAUUCUCAGUUCUUUUAUCAAUUCACUGAGUGCGUAGGUUUGUUAAGGCGCGGUAAAAUUUUUGGAAUUUAUUUUUUGAUUUUUUUUUGUAUAACGCGGGUAAGUAAUAAAUAGUGGGUAAGUGAAAAACAGCAGGAAUGCUGAUGAAACCCGAAUUCCUUGGAAAUACAUUUUCAAAAAGGUAAAA